UUUAGUGAGGUACGAUGAAGACCUAUAUCCAUCAUGUUCCUGUUGUGUUCGUGUUGUGUUUGUUCCUAUUACCGAAUAUUAUCGCGAGGGAUUUUACUGAUGAGGAGUACUUGACUCUACCUCGCCUUUUCCACCUGGAUGACUACCACAGCUGCCUCUCACAGAAAGACGGACUAUAUUGCCUCGCCAAGUUUCAACUGACACCGACGCAGUCUCCACACAUCGCAUAUGAUCUUAUUAAGGAGUACUCGGAUGACGUCAGACAUUUCAAUCGAACAGUGAUCCAUCGCGGGUACUGCGUAAGCGCACGAUGCCCCGACACCGCUGGCGUGAACGCCUCCUUACGCAUACAGAAAUGUGCGAACUUAAGGGCGCGCCCACACCAUCUCAAGGCCACACUGCAGACAUUGCACUACUGCCACAGCCACAACGACACAGUGACAGACAAACCGCCAGACCUAUUGCAAAGCAUAUUCCUGUACAUUGUCUAUGCUAUUUUAUGCUUAAAUAUCUUAGGCACUAUGUACGAUUUUGUAUGGAAUGAUAAAAAAAAAAAUGUCCUAAUAAUGGCGUGGUCUGUUCGAGCAAACUGGCAAAGGUUAACAGUAUCGUACGAGAGUAAAGAUCCGCGACUCUCAAACUUGGCCAUUUUACAAGGAUGCAGAGUGAUUGUUAUGCUGAUCAUUUUAUACGUACACGCGGUCGUUUUACAAGACAUGUUGUAUUUGCAAAAUCCGCAGUACAUGGAAAAUGGAUUUGCAAGGACGGCUGGUAUGAUAAUGAUUAAAGGCACAUCCCUAGUGCAUAUGUUUGUGAUGCUGUCCAGUUUCCUAUGCGCAUACAACAUGCUGCUGUCGUCAGAAAAAUCACCGCUGUCUUUGAGAAGUUUCCCUACAAACGUGUUGAAGCGAAUAAUCAGGAUAGCACCUGUCUACUUACUGAUAGUGGGAUAUGGAGCCACUUGGUGGCCUCGGACUCGCGACGGGCCACUUACGGGCCUAAUCAUCGGAUCCCAGAGUCAGAUCUGCCGAGAAAAGUUCUGGUACCACGUGUUCUUCGUCAACAACAUAUUUGACGCAAAAAACCAUUGCUUCAUUCAGACUUGGUUCUUGGCAGUUGACAUGCAACUGUACAUUUUAGCUUCUUUCCUAACAUUGGCUCUAGCGCCACUGAAGCAACGCGUCCUGCCGAUAUACGCGGCUCUGUUCUUCGGGUCCUGCGUAUUAAUCAGCGGCAUUUCAUAUAUACAAGACUGGAAAUCAAUGCUAUAUAUUGCAAAUCCUGAAUCUAUAAAAGAGGUGUUAUACAACUCGCCAUCAUUCCAAGGGCUGUACACGUCGCCGUUGGGAGGACUGCCUGCCUGCAUAAUGGGGCUGUACAUAGCCCAUCUGCAUUACUACAUGCACGAAAGCGGAUAUAAGAUAUCUGCAAACAAAGUACUAAAUGUCAUCCAUAACUGGAUGAUACCGGUGUACAUAGCAUGGUUGAUCUCAGGGCUAUACAUCAGAACUGUGACGUCACACGCAUUCACAGCCGCCUAUACAGGAAUAGAGCGAUGCAUAUUCUGCAUUAUAUGCGCUACACAGAUAAUCGGAUCAAUUAAUAUUGACAGUCACAUUAGGAGGUUUUUCGCGUGGAGUAAAUGGGACACUUUUGCGCGAAUGUCUCUCCCAGUCAUGAUGGUGCAUUGGUGCGUGAAUACGCUCAUCGCGGUACCACGUCCAUACACUACUUUCAGCUCUGGCUUUGAUAUUGCGGUGGACGCAGUCGCUACUGCGGUUAUGUCUUACACAAUCGCUGUCCCCAUCAGUGUUAUGGUUGAACUCCCCAUGCAAAAGUUUUUAGAUUGUGUCAUAAUAAAAAACAUUCAGAGUUCGACCAAACAAUAAUUAAGUCGUGAAAUUCGUUUAUACAAAUAGAAAAAUUACUAGUCAAUAGAUAUGGCUUGACGUGAUACGUAAAAGAUGGCCAUUGUUGUUCUAUGUUCCCAUUGCAUGUUUUUUGAUAUUUGAUGAUAUUUAGAAAUGUUUUUAGAUUAGUGAUUAACUAAAGAGUCGGUAUUAAAUAAAGUUAUUUUUUUAUUUUUUAUCAAAUGACCAAUCACCCAUUCGGAAUUAACGCAAAAAAAGAAUAAGAAAAUUUCCUGAAACAUUUAAAAUAAUUGCCUUAGAGGUAAAUAAUAAUUUUGCGAUGGGUAGUAAUAAUUAAGAAUGGAAGUUUGGGAACAUUAUUGGAUGCCAAGAAUCUUAUUUUAUGUUCUUAAAUUUAAAUUAGUACAGUGAUUAUUUAAUUUGAAAUAAACAUAUA